UCUCCCAGCCUCUCCAUCCGUGGCGCGUCUCCACUUUGGCUCUGGACACCGGUGGAAGCGCUCCUCACACAUGCGCGCUCGCUCGCGCGCACACACGCUUUGUGCAAAUGCAGCCAUCAAGACUGGACUGACCGGAGAAAACAUCACAUCUAAAAAGGCGGGGAUGCGUGAAGGAUGUAGAGCCAGAGGUGGGGGCAGGAUGGAGUGCUCCUGGAAGACGGUUCUGCUGCUGGUGUGUGCGUCUCUGGGGGUCCAGUACACGGCCAUCCGAACACUGAGGGACUCGCUGUCCGGACCCUGCCRGGGGGCCUACAGGUGCCGGAGCAGACACCACGGAGAUUCCAGAUGGACGACUUUGUGUGACGACAGCUGGAUGUCCAUGGAGUUUCCUCAGAGGCACAUCCUGCUGUUCGCCACGACGCGCAGCGGCUCCUCCUUCACCGGGCAGCUCCUCAACCAGCAUCCCGGGAUCUUCUACGUGUUCGAGCCCCUCUACCAUGUCCAGCAGGCCUUCACCAACUCCAGCAGCAGGCUGCGGCGCACCUUGGACCGCCGGGCCCUGCUGGGAGCGUACAGGGACCUCCUCCUGAACCUCUACACCUGCGAGCUGCGCUUCAUGGAGAACUACAUCCGCCCAGAGCCUCAGGACCACGUCACGAGCGCUCUGUUCAGGCGCAGCUCCAGCCACGCCCUCUGCUCCCCGCCCGUGUGUSCAGACGGGGCGGACGCCGUCGAGCCGCCCGACGAAAGCUGGUGUCYGAAAAAGUGCGGGGCUUUGAAUCUCACUUUGGCCUCCGUGUCGUGUCUGUCCAGAGGACACGUAGCCAUAAAGACCGUGCGGAUCCCUGAGGUGGGGGACCUGCGCACUCUGACCGAAGACCCUCGCCUGGACCUGAAGAUCAUCCACCUGGUCAGAGACCCCAGAGCCAUCCUGGCUUCACGCAUAACGGCCUUUUCUGAACAGUUUCGCGCCUGGAAGAUAUGGAACGUGACGGGACGGCAGCCCCGGUACGUGGACCUGUCGCAGAUCACCAGCACCUGCAAGGACAUGGCGGCCUCGGUCGAGACCGSCCUGCAGAGACCGGCGUGGCUGAGGGGGCGCUACCUGCUGGUGCGGUACGAGGACUUGGCCCUCAGCCCGGAGACCCGAGCGACGCAGAUCUACAGGUUCGUCGGGCUGGAGAUGGAGGACAGGGUGAGGGCGUGGAUCGCGAAGAACACCAACAGUAACGUGUCGAACCCGUCCGAGUGGAAUUACAAAUACUCCACCAGCAGAGACUCCAGAGUCACGGCAGAAAGCUGGAGGCUUCGGCUGAGCUUUGACAUCGUGAGAACGAUUCAAAACCUUUGCAACGACACUCUGGCUCUGCUGGGAUACAGGCAGGUUCAGUCUGCCGCUGAACUCAGAAACGUGUCACACAGUUUGGUGGAAAGCAGGACUUUUCUGCCCGUCACGUGAUUUUAGUUUCUGUUUUUUAYGCCUCGAUUUAUGCUGAAGUUUCAGUCUGUCGAGAUGCCGGUAAAAUGAAUGUGUCUUAUAUGAACUUUGACUGAAGUUAAUAAAGAGGAUCAGUGUUAAAAGUGCCAGAACACACAUCAGAAUAAUUUAAGUAACCUCAUUGAAACAACAGCUGCACUUUGACUUAUUUAAUACAAAAAUAAACUGGGUUCUUGUACCAACACUUCUUUUAUUUUAUCCUUAAAUUAUUGUCUGAUACUCCCUUUUCAAAAUCAAAACAUAACUUUUUUAUUUUAUUUAUUAGAAAUUAGGUACGUMUGGAAGGAUCUAAAAAUCAGAGAUGUAGAAACUAAACUCUCAUUUUCUUCUGGGUGUAAAAGUUUCCUGAUUCCUGCUGCUCUAAAAGAGGGUUUCUUGCACAUUCUUGUUUCAUUAAUGCCUUAGAAAAUAAACACUGAGCACAGAAAAGAAGAUAGCCCUAGUUGCUUUUUCAAAAUGUAAGAUGAUGAUUUGGAAACUGCGUUUUUGUGUGGGAUAGGUUUUAUUUAACCUUUAACGCCUUCCAUAUAGGGGAUUAUAACAUUUUGAAAUUAUUCUCUUUAUGUGUUGAUGCAAAAAAAUGUUGAAUUGCUAAAAAAACAUAAAUCUUUAAUGCUGUAUGUCAGAUUAAUGCUGCAUUAAUUUGUACACUGAGUUUUAAGUUUAUAAAACUCAACUGGAACUCCAUCCAAAUUUGGAUUUCUGACUCACAAAGUCAAUUUAUUGUGUCUGACUCGAGUAUGAAAAAGUUGUGAAAGCUGCUGUUAUAAAUCUUUUGUUUACAUUUUUUACUGUACUUUUUCAUUAUUAAACAUGYUGUUGCAAUAUCCGAAUGCAGAUAAUGCAGAGAAACCGCGUGUUAUCGGCCUAYAGUCUGCUUUAUCCCGAAGCACAACUGUUAACAAACCGUACUGGUUUUCUGAGUUGCAACUGGAACUCUGUAAAGUCRGGUCUGACCUCAUUCCCAGAUAUGAAGUUAAAAGGAAGUGCAGCUUCAGGCCCCGUCCACACUACUCUGGAGAUUAUUCAUCUUUGAAAUGUUUGCACCUCCUUUUACACACAAACCGAGCUCUUUGCUUUUCAGUAAAUUAUGCUAACGCUCACGAAACUGUUCUCACAAACACGUAUGAAACUCUUUUUACUGGUUUUUCCUGCUUCUGUCUCUUCAUCCCAGUCCUGUGCUGAAUAACUCAGAAAACUGUGAAGGUGUGAGAGAAUUAUUUUCAGCCAAACUGAGUGUUUCUCUGUUUUGAUAUGUUAAUGUUCUCACUACAUAGUGGUGUGGGUAUUUCAGCAUUUUUUCUUAGGGAUGGAGAAAUAAUUCUAAUAAAAAGGGAAAAUAUUGUAAUAAAUGCUUGAAACAGUUUAUCCAUGUCAAUUAUGGAGACAAACGGUUCAUUUUUUAUCAUUAUUUUAUUUUCAGAUGACAUUCUCAUUCUGGCGUUAUCUGGAGCUGUUUAUAAGGGGUGUUGUGUAAAAAUGCAGAUUUCAUUCUCUUUGGAUUUCCUGUGAAUAUUUCCCACCUUGAAUCUCUGGAAGACGAGCAGCUGAGUCAGGGUGCAAAAACAGCAGCAUUGCGUUUUGCAUUGCUUCAUUUUCUGUCCUGAUGGCUGCUUUGUUGUUUUCUGAUUGAUAAGUUUGAUUAGUUCAGCUACAUGUUUCAACGUUAGCACGAGAAGCCUUCAUUUGUUCUGACGUGUAGGAAAACAAAGUGAUUUCUGCUUUAUCCUGUUGACUGAAAAAAAAAACUUUUACAUUUCCAGUAAGACAGAAAAUCUCCCACUAUCAGCUUCUGUUCUGUGCUGUGGCUCCAGUACACGUUCACACAUUCUUCCAACAUUUCCCAAUUCAAAAAAGUGAGACCAAAAUUUUUUUUAACCAUCUCAAAAAAUGUGACUGAUUUUGCACAAAAACAGCAUUCAUGACAUCGACAAAUAAGAAUUAAUGAAGACAUUUUUAGUUUCUUUACCGUAAAUAUUUCAAACUGACAACACAUCAUGGUGCAAAGCUCUCAGCUCGUGAUUUCAGAGGCCUUUUGAUUUUAUUUUAUUUUAUUUUAUUUUAUUUUAUUUUAUUUUAUUUUAUUUUAUUUUAUUGUUUAAAGCUGCUGUUUGGGUUGGUGCUGAUUAGAAGUUCUGGUUUUGUUGCGCCAACCUGGAAACCUUCCUGGAGUUCGGGACCUCUCGCAGGUCUCACAACAGAGUGAGCUCCAGUGAGUUGUUGAUUUUUCUUUCUUUUAUUAUUAUUAAAAUUGUUUAGCUUUUAUAUGGUUAUUUGCAGAAGGACAGAAAUACGUUUGAUGAUAAUAAAGCAAAUAAGAAUUCUUGCAAAGACGAAUGAUUAAUUUAAGCCAAAUUAUUGGAUUUAAUGCUGAACUGUUUCCAGUGAAACUCCUAAAAUGGCACAUGGUGAAACGUUCGACACUGCUCAACAACUCCAAGAUGUUAUUUAUUUAUUUAUUUAUUUAUUUAUUUAAAUAAAACUUGGGUCCUUAUUGUAAAAAAAAAGUGUUGCAGCUUCAAUGUUACAUGGUGGACAUGUUUAAUCAUCUUUUUAAAGACCUUUUAAAAUAAACUAUCUACAUGUGAAAAUGA